GUCUCCUUCCAGACACAAAGUGAGAGUGACAUGCAUGUCGAUCUUAUUUUGCAACAGCCACUGGACAGAGAGGAGCAGGCAGAGAUGGAUUUCACUCUCAUUGCCGUAGAUGGGGGCUCUCCUCCCAGGAGCGGAUCCACCCAAAUCCACAUCACAGUUCUGGAUGCAAAUGACAAUGCUCCCAUCUUCACACAGAAAGUGUACAUUGGGCAGGUUUUGGAAGAUGCUCAGGAGGGCUCCCUAGUUCUCAGAGUGGUGGCUAAUGAUGCUGAUGCUGGAACAAAUGGUGACAUUACAUAUGAUUUAAACCAAGCAGGUGAUGACAAAUACAUGGAUUUUACAGUUGACCCCAAGAGUGGUGAAAUUCGAGUCAUGAAAACUCUUGAUUUUGAGACAACACAGAAAUAUGAGUUCAGUGUGAGAGCGGUGGAUGGUGGGGGCCUUUCAGCCAUAUGCAAAGUAGUGGUGGAAGUAGCGGAUGUGAAUGACAAUGCACCGGAGAUCGUGGUCAGUUCCUUCAGCAGCCCCAUCCCUGAGAGCACAGAGCCUGGCACAGUGGUUGCACUGUUUGCUGUCAGGGACCAGGAUUCCAGUGUCAAUGGGAAGACAAGCUGUGCCCUUGAAAACCAGCUCUCCUUCUCCCUCAGGCCAGCCUUUAAGAAUUACUAUGAGCUGGUGACCGUGAGCACACUGGACAGGGAGGAGAGAGCCCAGCACAUCGUGGUUGUCACGGCAGCAGAUGCAGGGUCUCCUCCUCUCACCACCACGCACACCUUCACCGUGGACAUCUCCGAUGUCAACGACAACGCACCCGUCUUCAACCAG